AUGUCUUCCCCAUUUUCCCUUCUCCGUCUUCCUCGAUUAGUCCUAUUCAAGGUAUUCAAAUCAUUGGAUAUAGGAGAAAAAAUCAAGCUCUCCUUCUGUUCCGAGAGAACCUCAGCUCAAAUCAAUGAUGCUCGUUUGUACUCUCAAAAAGUCAUAGUCGGUCUGGACAUGAUCAACCAAGAAAUCAGAGUUCACUCUGAAAAUGAUGAAGAUACAUUUGACAUCUUCAUUUGUCCUGAUUUCGAGAGAACGCCCAGUUCAAAUACUCAACUAGUUUCUAUCGCUCUUACACGUUAUACUCAUCUAUUGAAGAUGUUUCAAUGCAAGAUUUCAACUCGUUUUAAUUCUCAUUGUAGUGAUUUAUAUCAGCCAACUAUUUCUAAGUUGUUUGAUCUGCAAGUGAAAUUCAAGAAUCUUUGUAUUCGCCCUAAAGACUCAGAAAACUUGCUGUGGAACCAGAUAUCGAGAAAUAUGGAACUUGUUGAGCGUCUCGUCAUCAUGUCUAUUGUUGAUACUGGUUUCAGACCCGUUUUUACUUCAUGGCCACAGAAGAUUAGUAUCAGGUAUUCCGCUUGGUUCACUCUGGAAUCUCUCUUGGCGUGCCCAUGCACUACAAUUCAACUUGUGCAGUCUCAUCUGGAAAACAAGGAUUUCGAUAAGAUAUUCAAGAAUUGGAAGGCUGGAGGAUUUCCUAAUCUAGAGCGUCUGGAGAUCUAUAGCCAAAAUAUUACAAAUAAUGGAGAUCAUGUUUUGGGAAUGAAUUGGAGCGAUUUAGACGGGAUGGUUAUCCAAACUGAUGAUGGAUCAAAGAAGGCAACUAUUGAACUUGGUCAUUGUAUUAAAAUUGCAAAAGAAGAAACUGUAAACUUUGAACGGGAAACGGUCAUCCCAACAAACGAAGAGGAUCAAACGAUGAUCGAGAGUCAUGAGUUGUUGAGCAUGGCAUGUGUAAAAUAUGAAGAGGAGAAGAAUGCUCGAGAUAAGGAGCCCAAUUUACGGUACACGACAAUGCAAAUGUCACUGAUCGGCCAUCUCUGUGAUGUGGUUCGAAAGGAGUUGGAUGAGUUGAAGAGAGCCGAGGAGCAGAAGAAACGAAUCAAGAACUAA